AUGGUUGUUCUCACAAACUCAAUCAAACAGAUACAUUUACAUAAUGAAGUAUUAGCAGCACAACAACUACAAAUUACAAUAUUAGACCUACCAAUUGAGAUACUGUUAAACAUAUUUACGCCAUUCUACAAUGACCUCAUAUUCUCACAUGAUAACGAUGAAGAUCUGACAUCAUCAUCAUCAUCAUCAUUGUCAUCAUCAUUGUCAUCAUCAACAUCGUCGGCGAUGACCACAGCCACAGCCACCAACACCACCUCCACAACAAUGACGACAAACUCAAAGCUGAGUCGUUAUGAACAAUAUAGAUUGGACUCAUUCAGGAGCAUCAUUUCAUUCGCACAGACUUGCAAGCUGUUCUAUAACAUACUUCAAGAUGACAGUCUAUGGCAGUUGCUAUAUCGCAGACAUUUCUCAUUCUACUCGCAGGUGGAUGUCGAUCGCAUAUGUCUCUCCAACAGUCUAUCACCUCUGCUCGAGUCGGCCAAUAGACAGGGCGAUAAAGGUUGUGGCGCCGUCGCCGCACCGCGAUUCGAAGCCAAAGAACAUACAGAAAGCGCGCCUUGGAAGCGACGAUAUACAAUGCGCGGACAUCCUUGGAGUGUGGACGACAUCACAUGUCACAAGGAGAUAGUUGGUGGACAUCAGCUUGGCGUCACAUCACUCGAGGUCGAUGACAACUACUUGUUCUCGGGCUCGCACGACUCCACCAUCAAGAUGUACAACCUGGAUACGCUCAAGCAUGUGCACACUUUCCAAGGCCACGAACUCACAAUCUGGGCGCUGCUCUCGGAUGGCAAGCGACUGUACAGUGGCUCGAACGAUCACAAGAUACGCGUGUGGGACCUGAAGCGUCGCCACUGCAAGUCGAUACUGCGGGAGCACAACACCAAGAUCUUUUCGCUGGCCAUCAAGGAAAAUGUGCUGAUCAGCUCGGGCGACGAGACGAUCAAGGUGUGGAACAAAAAGACCCUGGUGCCAAUGCUCGACCUGAAGGAGCACACGCGCGGCGUCAACACCAUGUCGGUGCACAAUCACCAUCUGGUCAGCGGGUCGUCCGACAAGACCGUCAAGAUCUGGGACCUCAACACGAUGCAGUGCGUAUCCACCAAGGAGAACCCGGCCACGGGCAAGGUCCUGUCGAUGGCCCUGGUCGACUGCAACACGGUGGCCACGGGCACCGAUUACCUACACAUCAACACAUGGGAUCUACGCGAGCACAACAAGGUCAACAUCAUCAAGAAUGCGCACAAGUGGGAGGUGUGGCAACUGCACAUGUGUGGCGGCUACCUAUUCAGUGGCUCAUUCGACCACACAAUCAAGACAUGGGACCUUCGCAACUUCCAGAAUCAACGCACAAUCACUGGCCAUCGUAGUUUCCUACACGCUCUAACCAGUUCCUCCUAUCAUCUAUUCAGUGGAUCAGCUGAUAAAUAUAUUAGAGUAUGGUCUCCAUUCACAACUUAG